AUAAGGUGACAGUUCUUUGAAGAAAAUUCUAAUUGUCUAUAGUCACAAAUUCGAUCGUAACUUCUAUAAAAUUAUUAAAAAAUGAAGAAGAUUAAAUCAACGAGAUUUAAUAUGUACAAUUUUUCUAUAUAGUCACAUCUAAUCAGUUAGAAAAUAAAAUCGGCACGAUUAGGUACGAGGCGAGUCAUGAAUCGAUCGCGAAAACGUCUUAUUAAUCAACUAAUCAAAAUUGCUAUUGUGUGCGGUUUGAUCUUGAUAUUAUUUAAAUUAAAUGGCACGAUUAAAAGGAAUGAAACCGAGUCAGCAUUAAGUUCAACAGAUUUAUUGGAUCAAGCAGAAAAAAUAAAUAAAGAAAGAUUGUUAACCGUUGAUAAAGUAUGUAAAAAAUAUAAACUAGGUAUUUAUAAGGAUUCGAGCAAUGUUUUGUUUAAACAUCCACCUGCGCCCCAAUACAGCGUUUUCUAUAUCGUUAGAGCUCAUAACAUAUCAUAUUGUCCAUUAUAUAAAGCCAGCAGUACAACUUGGUUAUAUAAUUUAUGUUUGUUAAUGAAUAUAACGGAAAAAGAAUUAAACAAUGGUAAAGAACAAUUAUCGACUAUAGCUAGGAGAGUUAUAAACGAAUUAGAAUAUCCUGAAGCUGACGAGGCAUUGAGAAGUACAAAAAAAUUAUUAGUGAUAAGGCAUCCAUUCGAAAGAUUGUUAAGUGCAUAUCGAGAUAAACUUGAAAACUCUGUGGCCGGUCGUGAACAUGGUACUCUUCAUUUUUAUCAAAAAUACGGAGCUAUGAUCGUUCGACAGUAUCGUAAUAAAAACUUCGUAAAACCUCAAGACGAUCAAGUGAUCGUUAGAAAGGAUGUUCCAUCAGCAGCAGGGAUCGAACCAACGUGGCGAGAAUUUGUUGAAUACUUGAUCAACAUAGAUUUAGCUAAUUAUAGUGACGAUCAUUGGAUUCCUUAUUAUCUCUAUUGUACGCCGUGUCUCGUUAAAUACGAUAUCAUCGCCAAGGUGGAAACUUUAUCGCGAGAUCAAAUUUACGCGUUGAACAAAUUAGGAUUAGACAAAAGGAUCAAACCAAUUUGGAGACACGGUAGUGGUUAUACGAACGCAUCGAGCAUAUAUUUCAAACAAUUAAGUCGAAAAAUGGUGGAAAGACUUUACGAAAAGUUUAGAUUGGAUUUUGAACUUUUUGAUUAUUCACCCGAAGAUUAUUAUCGAUACGCCGUAGCUCCUAAUUGAAUGAAAAAAAAAAAAAAAGAAAAUGAAAAGGUAAAUUAUAUUAAUCUUUGAUAAAUAUUAUCGAUUGAUAACU